UUUCCUUCAACCGAAUAUAUAUUCAUUUGAAAUUUUGAAAAAUUCUGUGAACAAAAAAUGAAUAAUAAAUUUGAAUUCAACGACGACGACGAUGUAAAACCAUUAAUAAUCUAUGUAAAACAAAGUUAUUCAUUUUCUGGUUUUAGUAUACAAACACCAUGCGUAUCAUGUGAAUCAUUAGCAACUUUGGUUGAUUUGAAUAAUAAUCCUUAUAAUGAAAAUUUUUAUAAUGAACAAAAAAAAUCAUUAAGUGCAUGUCCAAUUUCCAUUGAAAUUAUAAUGUUUUUAUCAUUAAAACAAUUACCAUUUGAUGUAAAACUAUGUAAUCCACAAAAAAUAUUACCUAAAGAAUUACGUUAUGGUCGUCAUUAUCAUCAUCGAAUGAUUACAGGUAAUCAAUUACCUGUAUUGGUUGACCAAAAUAACCAUAAUCAUUUAAUUGAAUAUCAUAUGGAUAUUAUUGAUUAUAUACAAAAACAAUAUCCAUCCAAAGAAUUGGAUUUUCAUCCAGAUGAUAAUCUUGAUAAUUGGAAAUUAUUCACAACAAUACAUAUGGUUAGUCGAAGAUUUUAUCAUUAUGUUCAACAGCAUUAUCAUCAAUACCAUCAACAAUCAUCACAGAAAAAAUCCACAACAUCCAUUCCAAAACAACAAUUAUUUUGUGCAUUAAAUAAACUGGAUAAAAUGUUAAUAUCAUUUGGAAAAACAUAUGCAAUAACCGAUAAACAACCAACAAUGAUUGAUUGUCAUUUAAUGCCACGUUUACAUCAAAUACGCGUCUUGUUAAAACAAUUUGAUAAUGGUGAUGAUAUCCCCUUGAUUUUCAAUGGUAUAUGGAAAUAUUUAUCCAUAACAUAUGAAUGGUAUAUAUUUUGUCAAUGGUGUCCAAGUGAUCAAGAAAUACAAAUACAUUGGAUGAUGAAAUCAGAAUAUUCAAGAGUAAAACCACGUGAAUAUCGUUUAAAAAUGAUUGAAUUAAUUCGUUCAAAACCUACAUAUAGUUUUCAGGAUUUUUCAAACGUUAACGAUACUAAAUUAUAGAGAAAAAAAAUGUUUUUAUGCAAAAUUUUUUUUUGAUUUUUUUUUUGUAUUUUU